AGAGGCUGUUCCAGGGAGGAAGCAGUUGAGAGGUGACAGCUGUGGCGGCUGGACGCACACAGUUCUUCUCCUCGUGUUGACGCUCACCGCCCUUAAUGAGCCCAUCAUAAAGCUCCUGACUACAUAAACUUGACUUCAGAGAGUAAACUAUUUGUCAGCCCAGGUAGUUACCGGUAUUCCGCUUAUAUAGUCAUCGACGGACACUAGGAAAAGAGUGGAUACCUGGAGUUUCACUAGUUUAGGUCCAUCACUCGGAGGCGACAGACAAAGUUGUGGGCGUGGCGGCUAGUGCUGCUGGUGUUGUCCGCUCUCUAUGCCGCCUACUUCAUCGCUGUCCUCACUAUACCCACCAAAAUACAGGAGGAGAGUUACUGGUGUCGGGGGGACGGGUUCCUCAUCCUCAUCACUGUCAUCGGUGUCAUCGGUCUCCUCUACUUCAAGGUGGUGAAGCCGUUGUGGGGACGUGUGCUGUUCGACAAAGUCAUCACGCCGCUGGAGGGUGUGUGCAGCAAGCUGUGGCGGAACAAGUGGGUGAGAUGGGGAGUGUACGUGGGGCUGGUGGGCUCCGUGGUCACCUUCCUGGUGGUGGACUCGAGGGAUGCCCCGCGCCGUCUUGUCUCUCUCUUCGGUAUCUUCGUCCUCCUGCUCUUCGGCUUCGUGUUCUCGGUGGCUCCUCGCAAGAUCCGCUGGCGCCAUGUGGCGUGGGGCAUGGGGCUGCAGUUCCUGCUGGGUCUGGCUAUACUGAGGUGGUCGCUUGGGAGGGCGGUGUUCCAGUGUGCCGGAGACAAGGUUUCCGCCUUCUUGGCCUUCACGGACGCUGGCUCCUCCUUCGUCUUCGGUACGCUGGUCUCAAAAGACCAUAUAUUCGCCUUUCAGGUGCUGUCGGUGAUCCUGUUCUUCAGCUUCUGCAUCCAGAUCCUGUACUACUGGGGCGUGAUGCAGUGGGUGGUGCUGAAGCUGGGCUGGCUCCUGCAGGUCACCGUCGGCACCACCGCCUGUGAGAGCGUCAACGCCGCUGCCAACAUCUUCUUGGGCCAGACCGAGGCCCCACUGCUGAUCAAGCCGUUCAUUCGGCUGAUGACCAAGUCGGAGCUCCACGCCGUCAUGACCGGAGGCUUCGCCACCAUCGCCGGCUCUGUCCUCGCUGCUUACAUCUCCUUCGGCGUCGACCCCGUCCACCUGCUCUCCGCCUCCGUCAUGAGCGCCCCGGCAGCCCUCGCCUUCUCCAAACUCUUCUACCCGGAGACCAAACAGUCCAGGACCGGCGUUAAGGACAUCAAGAUUGAGAAAGGAGACGAGGCCAACUGGUUACAUGCAGCUAUGGUGGGAGUGACCAACGCCAUCCCUUUGGUGGCCAAUAUUGCUGCCAACCUUAUCGCCUUCUACGCCUUCAUAGCCCUCUGCAGCAGUGUCUUUGACUGGUCCUGUACUCUAGCUGGAUCUGAGCCCGGAGUCUGCUCACUCGAGAGUCUGUUCGGGUGGAUCUUCAUGCCGCUGGCGUGGGUAAUGGGAGUGGAGUGGUCAGAGUGUGACAAGGUCGGCCAACUCAUCGGCAUCAAGACCAUCGUGAAUGAGUUCGUGGCUUACUCCAGACUGGCAGAGAUGAAGAAGAGGGAGGAGUUGUCGAAACGAGCAGAAAUCAUCGCGACGUACGCCCUGUGCGGCUUCAGCAACAUCAGCGCAAUCGGCAUCAACCUGGGUGGGUUCGGUGCCAUGGCCCCCGAGCGGAAGGCGGACCUGGCCAAGGUGGUGGUGAGAGCCAUGAUCGCCGGCAGCUGCGCCUGCUUCCUCACUGCCUGUGUUGCUGGUUCUCUGCUGGAAGACAUUGGCAGGAGAGACAAUAUAACCGAGGCAGUCAACGCUACUCAGGUCUUCUGAAUACCUUGUUUAAAUAUAUAUAGUGUAUAUAUUCCCGGCGUGUCCAGAUUAGCUUUGAGGUUCCCUCACUGUGUACUGGUUUGUUCAUGUCAGUAUUCGUUACAAAAAUAUGGAAACCGUAAUCUUAUUCCAACCAGUACAUAGUAGGCUAUAUAUAUUUAUAUAAUAUAUAUA